AUGUCAGUGUCCAAAGACCUCGCACAUGAUGCUCUACCAAGGGCCUCAGCUAAAUUAUCAGUGUCUUCCAUAUCUAUUGAUGAUUUGCACUUGCUGGAGAAGGAUCUGCUUUUCCACGAAAAAGUUUCUGUGUGUUUUCUGCUAUGCCGGGAAAAUAGGGAUAUAUCUUUCAUUCAGCAAGAAUUGAAUCUUGAGUUUAGAGUUCAUCGUGGAAGGGCCAUUGGACAUCAAAGGGCAUUUGAUAAGUCAAUAAUCACUACUUGGGCUAGAAAUGAUGCAGAUUCCAAGUGGAGGGAACACCUGGUAGAGGCUCUAGCCAUUGUCAAGUGCAAUAGGGUUUUGAAGAAGCUCGGAUUUGAUUUGCAAGAUAUUCAGGAGACUUACCACCCUUUGAUUGAUGAAUUUUUUGUGCAUGUUCAUCCAAUCCUCAAGAUUCUCUUCCGGAUGUGCGAGAAGAUGACUUCUCUUGAGACUCGCAAGUUGAUCCAACAUAUGAGAAACAGGUAUGAUAAUUGUGGAGAUUUUGAGGUGGAUUCUGAGAAGUUUAUGGAAUUGCAUUUGCUCAAUUGGAUCAGUAUGAGGAUUAUCUCAAUUGGAGAUGAGAAGGGCAUUGGAUCGUAUUUUGAUGAGAUAAUUGCAUUCCUCAAAGUCAAUGAAAUUGAUGAAUUUUGGGAGAAACUCAAGAGAUUCACAGCAAUUGCAUCAGACGCAAAUUUAGAGGAAAGGAGUCCAGGUCGAAUGAAGAAGGGAAGUCCUGGUAAGGAGAGAAAAGAUCUUGAGGAUUUUUUCCAUAUGAAUUCAGGAAAUAUGGGAUAUGUUUUAGUGAUCAAUCAGAAGAAUUUUCACAAAGAAAGUGGAAGGGAAAUAGAUUAUUGCUUUCUGAAUGGAGAUUUGGAGACAAGAUAUGGUACGGAUAGCGAUGUAAAGAGUAUCCGAGAGACUUUUUCUGCCUUUGGAUUCAAUGUGAUUGUCAAGGAUGACUUGAGAAGUGAUGAAAUUAUCUGUUCAAUUGAGGAAUUUGUGGGGAAAACUGAAGAAGAAUCUCAGUCAUCUUUAGUUGUUGUGAUCCUAUCCCAUGGAUUUCAGGGCAGUGUUUAUGGAUCAAAUAGCAUUCCUGUGGAGGUGCGUGAGAUCAAGGAUGCGUUGUGUGAUGAGAGGCUCAGUGAUAAGCCCAAAAUUCUCAUUAUUCAAGCAUGUCAGAGCAAUGAUGAUUCGGGUAAGGGGAAAUUGGCUAGAGAUGGACCAUCAAGGAUGGGAAAUUUGAUAACAGCUUGGUCCACGGUUGAGGGAUACACUUCAAUUCGUCACACAAUAGAAGGCACUUGGUUUAUUCAGACACUCUGUGCUAAACUCAGUGAAUUCCAUGAGAAGGAACAUUUUUACGAUAUUCUAACGAAAGUUCAUGCUGAAGUGGCUGACAAGGAGGGCGAUAGUGGCGAGACUAUGCAACCAAAGAUUGAUUCGACACUCAAGAAGAAGCUCUACCUCUACCCAAUGAAUAAUUUUUGAUUGAUUACUUCAUACUUAUAUAUGUUUAUUUUAUGAUAACAGAACAUUGUUAAUUAAAAUCACUUGGGAUUCCA